CACACCCUCCCUCUCUCUCUGUUUGUGUCUCCGCUGUUCUGCUGCAUGGGUUUGAGGAGCACUGCAAGUUUGCUGUGGUCUGACGGCUAGUAGGAUGUGUGGAUGUAUUAUAUUCUUGCUGUAUGAAUGUGAGGCUGUAAUGUGAGAUUUAUCUUAAUAACAGACAGGAGGUUUUGCACAGAUCUUUCCUGCACUGCUUCUCAAUCAGACUGCCCACGUGAGGACACAAAGUAGUCACAGUUCUCCACUGGACAUGGAGAUGGUCGAUGUUUGGUGGAACAUGAAGGUGGAUGUCUUGUUUGGUCGUUGACUAUUCAAACUGCAGGGCGUUGGAUGCGUACUCAACUCACCUGAACAUCCACUGCCAUCCAGUACUGCGAGAUUGAUCUCCAGGAUGACUGUGGUGGUUGCUGGAGAUAAUAUGGAUGAGACAUCCUCCACUCUGCAGGGGCAUCCACAGGACUCGCAGUAUUCCCCCGAGUGCUGCGAGCGAGUUGUUAUCAACAUCUCAGGGCUGCGCUUUGAGACACAACUCAAGACGCUCGCCCAGUUCCCCGACACACUACUGGGCAACCCCAAGAAAAGGAUGCGCUUUUUUGACCCUUUAAGGAACGAAUACUUCUUUGACAGAAACCGUCCAAGCUUUGAUGCAAUCCUCUACUACUAUCAGUCAGGGGGAAGGUUAAGAAGACCUGUCAAUGUACCUUUGGAUAUGUUCUCAGAAGAAAUUAAGUUCUAUGAGCUUGGAGAAGAAGCUAUGGAAAAAUUUCGAGAGGAUGAGGGCUUUAUUCGUGAAGAAGAGCGUCCUCUGCCGGAGAAUGAGUUUCAGAGACAGAUUUGGCUGCUAUUCGAGCAUCCCGAGAGCUCAGGCCCUGCCAGAGGGAUCGCGAUAGUGUCCGUCAUGGUUAUUCUCAUUUCUAUUGUGAUAUUUUGUUUGGAGACUUUACCAGAGUUGAAAGAGGAUCCACAUGGACGGCUUCAGGUGAUAGGCAAUAGCACAUUCUACUUCAAACCAAAUAUUCUUACCGACCCGUUUUUUGUUGUGGAGACACUUUGCAUAAUCUGGUUUACUUUUGAGUUGAUUGUCCGUUUUUUCGCUUGCCCAAGUAAACCUGCUUUCUUCAAAAACAUGAUGAACACGAUCGAUGUGGUUUCCAUCAUUCCAUAUUUCAUAACACUUGGAACAGAGAUGGCAGAGGACCCCGAAGGUGGAAAGGAGGUAAAGGGUGGAGGAGAGCAGGCCACAUCUCUGGCCAUUCUCAGGGUUAUCCGUUUGGUCAGGGUGUUUCGGAUAUUUAAGUUGUCCAGACACUCCAAGGGGCUUCAGAUUUUGGGACAGACUUUGAAAGCCAGCAUGCGCGAGCUGGGUCUUCUCAUCUUUUUUCUUUUCAUUGGCGUCAUCUUGUUUUCCAGUGCAGUGUAUUUCGCUGAGGCUGAGGAAAAGGUUUCGUUCUUCACAAGUAUCCCAGAUGCCUUCUGGUGGGCGGUGGUUUCGAUGACAACCGUGGGGUAUGGAGACAUGUACCCCGUUACUAUUGGGGGCAAGAUAGUAGGCUCUCUAUGUGCCAUUGCUGGAGUGCUAACGAUUGCACUUCCAGUGCCUGUGAUUGUGUCCAACUUUAACUAUUUCUAUCACAGAGAAACCGAAGGUGAUGAACAGGCACAACUCCUCAAGGUGAGCAAUCCGAACAUCGCGUCCGAUUCUAACUCCAGUCGUCGCAGCUCAUCUGUCGUCAGCAAGUCAGAAUACAUGGAGAUUGAUGACGACCUCAAUAACAGUAUUGAUAAUUUUCGUGACGCAAACCUGCGAACUGGAAACUGCACAGUUGUGAAUCAGAAUUGUGUAAAUAAGGGGAAGCGUCUCACAGAUGUAUAAAUUUCCAAUGUCGUUCUAGGCCAUUAUACACUCUCAGAAAAAAAGGUACAAAAGCUGUCCCUGGGGUGGUACCUUUACAAAAGCUACACUUUUGUACCUUUUAGGUACUAAUAUGUACACUUUAGGUGCUUAUAUGUAUCUUUAAGGUACAAAUAUGGACUGUUUAGGUACAAAGGUGUGCCUUUUGAAAAGAUACCGCCCCAGUGCCAGCUUUUGUACCUUUUUUUCUGAGAGUGUAGGAUGCCCCGACUGUAUAUAGUAUAGUCUAUUCAUAUAUCAAAGUGCUUUAACAGGGCCUCUGAUAAUGUGUUAUUUCAUUGGAUAUGUUUUAUCUCAAGUCCAUGAGAGUGGCUUUUUAUUCUGUCUGAAGAAUGGUGGUCUAAAAUCUGCCUAUGGAUACCAAAUAUUAAGUAAUUAAAAGACAGAAUAACUAUUAUAUGUACUUGGGAAGGUUAGAAUACUUGCAUAAAUAAAUGACUUUACAUUUUGCAAUGCACCUUAUCCCAAAAUAUUAUCAGUUAUUCAGCAUGAAGAAGUAAUCAUUGUUUUUGUACCAUAUGUUGACCAUUUAUUUAUUUACUUGUUUAUUUGCUCAUUGUAGGUUAUUGUAAACCAUAUACAAACUGAAUGUUGAUCAAUUAUGCAGAUCAUGGCAUGUUUUAUGAAACGUUGAAGUCUGUUUGAUAUGGUACUAUGUAUCCUGCUUUAAAUAAUACAUGACAUCAAUACGGACUUUAUCACAUAUAGCCAAGCCGACAGUAUAACUGAAUUACAACCACUACCCACUAAAAGCACAACUUUCUUUAUCAUCUUUAAAAACAAAGUAUUUAAAAUCAGUUCCAGGCAGUAUUACAUUUUAAAAGUAUGACUUCAUUUGUUAAAUCUUUUAAAUGUUCAUAUUCAAUUCUAUGCUUAACUAAUAAUAAUAUCUAUUUAUCUAUAUUAAAUAAUUGUAAUUAUUAUAUUUAAUUAUAUGUUAUACUUAAUACAUUUAAUUGUAUAUUUAAUACUUAUUUAAAUGAAUCAUUUAAUAGUGCCUUCAGUCCUCUAACUGGCAUAGAGUGUCUCAACAUGCAAUAGUUACUGUAGAAUAUUUGUAUAUUUCAUCACACCUGAUGUGUUGAGGGAUAUUCCAGAGCCACUGGGAAUGAAUUUAAUGAAACGGUCCCUCGACAUUCUUGUACAUAACAAUAGAAGUUCAUCUCGCUGGAUCAGGCAUUGCUUUACAAAGAAAUGUGAAACAUGCAGUGUCUGAGUGUGUUUUGGAACAUCUUUAUGUAUUCUUUUAUAAUGGUGUUUUUCUCAUUGGUUGAUUUGAAUCUACCUCAGUGUGGUCAUGCAUAGUAUGGUUGUGAAUUAAAACUUCAUAU